CUCGCUCGGCUCGAAAUUGUGAAGUUAACUUGAAAGCCUAGGGUGGGGCAUAAUUUUGCGUUAAGUAAACUUUUAAAUCUUGACAGCAUCAUGGAAGAAUCAAAGCCUGCCAAUAAUGAAAACAGCGAACAGAAGAGUAAUGAUACUGAAGCUAAAGAAAAGACAUCUAAUGAUAUUCAAGAUGCCGUAGAAGCUACUGAGGAGCAAACGCCUGUGAAAGAAAUGAAGGCGAUAGUUUUAACAAGCUAUGGUGGAAUGAAGUCUGUCAAAAUUCUGAACAAGCCUGAACCUUCGCCUGCAGAAGGAGAGGUAUUGAUUCGUGUCAAAGCCUGCGGACUAAACUUUUUGGACAUAAUGAUGAGACAAGGCACUAUUUUCAACCCUCCAAAGUUGCCAGUGAUAAUGGGAUUUGAAUGUGCUGGCGAAGUUGAAGCCGUUGGUGAGGGAGUGCCCGAUUUUCAGAUUGGUGAUCGUGUUGCUGCAUUGACAGAUGGGAAAGCAUGGGCUGAACUUACAGCAAUACCCACAAAGUAUGUGUAUAAAUUGCCGCAAGAAAUGAGUUUCCAAGAUGCUGCAGCUAUGCUGAUGAACUUUGUUGUUGCAUACGGACUUGUCUUUGAUACAGCCUGUAUCCGCGAAGGACAAACUGUUUUGGUUCAUUCUGCUGGAGGUGGAGUUGGUUUAGCUGUUUCGCAACUGGUAAAAACUAUUCCAAAUGUUACUCUGAUUGGUACUGCAUCAAAGCACAAACAUGAAUCCAUUAAGGAUUACUUCAGCCAUUUAAUUGAACAUGGCGUUGACUACAUUCAAGAAGUAAAAAAAAUCGCUCCUGGAGGUGUGGACGUAGUUUUAGAUUGUUUGUGCGGUGAAGACUCAAAUAAAGGCUACAAUCUCUUGAAACCUAUGGGCCGUUACAUUUUAUAUGGGAAUUCUAAUGUAGUGACAGGUGAAACCAAGAGUUUUUUCAGUGCAGCAAAAUCUUGGUGGCAAGUUGACAAAUUGAAGCCCAUGAAACUCUUUGAUGAAAACAAAUCUGUGUCUGGUUUUCAUUUGAGACAGUUACUUUACAAGCAAAAUGGCCAUGAAUAUGUAAGGAGCACUGUUGAAAAUGUCAUCAGACUUUGGCAUGAUGGUCAAAUCAAGCCCAUUAUUGAUUCUUCAUAUGCUUUUGAAGAUAUACCAGAAGCAAUGCAAAAGUUACAUGAACGGAAAAAUGUUGGCAAAAUAACGCUUGAUCCCUCAAUGGAGCCUAAGCCUAAACCAGUGGUUGAAACUAAAAAAAGGAAGGAUUCUGUGAAAAAAAACAGAAGAAAAAAAAUCAGAAGAAAAAAAGACAGAAGAAGAAAAACCUCAGAAGGAAGAAGAUAAAGAAACACCUGCUGAUGCUAGUUAAUCUGAAAAAUAGUGUACUUGUGCUUCAAGCUUUCACUGAACCUCAAUUUCUGUCAAUGAAGCUUAUGUAGUAGAUGCUGAAACAAUUUGUAUUAUUUUUACUUUUGCUGUGUACGUGAUGACUUUUUGCUCAAUUCUGCUUUAUAUUUUUACAUUUAGCAUUUUUAUUAAAUCUCAGAUAUUUUGUUACAUUUAUACAGCUUAAUCUUGAUAAUGUGUAUUAUUACGAAACUAUGUAAAUUUAUAUUGCAUUGAAUUGAUCUAUACAUGAAAGUAAGAAUUAAAUAUGUCAGUAAUAGAAAUUUUGAAAGUAAGAAUUUUUGAUAUCUACUUUUUCAAUCGAAUGGAUUUUAUCUUUGAAUAUUUCUAUGUAUUAUUUUUACAUGAGUUUAUGAGAUUUUACAAAGACAUAUCUGGUAUGAACUUUAAGUAUUUUGUUUCUAAUUUUAGCUUUUAAUGCUACUGAUUUUUUCAUGAAUGAAAAACUAUUUUUGCUAUUCUUAUUAACAUUGUAAAUGCAUUUUACUUAAUAUUUUUAUAGAUAAAUCCUAAAUUGCAUUCCAUUUAUGAUUUUGCUGAUAUUAUUACAGCGGUCAUAUUUUAAUGUUUUCUAAACAUAUAUUAGAGUUUUGAGGCUGAUUUAGCAGCACUUAUUGCAAAAUAUAUGCAGGAGUAAGAGCAAGCACUAAAAGAGUUAAAAUUUGGUCAAUGUUAGUAGUUUCUUUGAAAAAAAAGAAAGACUGUUUGUCAAAAUGAUGUAGUUCUGUUAUUUUCAUGAAUGUACUCGACUUGAUCCGCAGCUAAAACAAUAAAAUUUCUGUAAUCUGCCCUGAAAGAAAUUCAACUUAUUUCUACCGAAGGAGACCCAUGCCUACCAAAAGCUUUUAAGUACUAAUUAAAAAAAAAAAAAAAAUCAUGCUCAGUUGGCAUAAUGUGUUUUAAAUUUUGACAUACAUAUUGCCUUCAUUUUUAACUUUCAGGAGCACAGGGUCCCCCCCCCCCCCCUUCAAAUUUGUCCUGUUUGUUUUUUCUUACAGAUGCAUUUUGUUUUUGUUUUUUUUCUUUUUUUUUUUCCUUUUCAAAAAUCAUGAACAGAAAAGGUUUUCUGGGUUUUUAUCAAAUUUCAUUUUGAAUUUAUUAGAAAAUAAACAGUUGUAUUUGGUAGCAGUUUUGGUGUUGAAAUUUAUUUUUACAUACUUUUUGAUGAACAUUAUGUAUAAAACGAACUUUGUUAUGCUCUUAUGCAUACAUUUAUUUUCAAAAUUAUUUUAGUAGAAGACAUAUAUAUUGGUGUAAAAACUAUGAAAUAACAUUGAACAUAGAUCUUUUAUUUUAAGUCCUUUGCUAAUUUUUGGAUCUGUAUGUUAUGCUACUGUAAAGCCAUUCUCACGAUCAAGUUUUUCUUAUACACAUUACAAAAUUGACAUUUUAAAGCUGUAGUUUUGACUCCUGUAUAUAUUCACUCACAAAUAAAUACAAUGCAUGAAUUUAUACACUUUUAAAAAUAACAGGUAUAUUACAUUUAGUCAAACUUAGUUGUGAUAUUUUUAAGUUCCUUGUGUUUUGAUUUCUCUUGCUCAACAUAACUUCAUUAUUUUGUGAUUAUUUUCAUAUAAAACAUGCAUACAUUUCUUAAUUCAUUUCCCCCGUGCAGCUCUAAUGCAUUUUUACUCUUACUUGUUCCAGUCCUCAUUUUGUACUUUCAUCCUGCAAAUUACCGUAUUGCUUUUAUUGUAAUUGAUACAGAUAAUUGUUGUGCCUUGUUACUUUUUCAGUGUGAGUAAAUAUGAUUGCUUUGCAUCAAUAAAGUUUAUUCUA